CCACUUGACGACGAGGCCCGCCUCGCUGCGCAGCUCGUCGUUGCGCAGCGAGUACUCGCAGUCCAGCACCGCCGCCGACGACCCGUUGCGCACGGCCGGCGGCACGCGCAGCGUCGUGAUCUGCACGCCGCUCGCCACGCCUGCGCACGCACAAAACGCACCUCGGGUCUUCAGUGUGAUCAGAGUCAGCAUCGCGUGCUGAACUUAUGCCGUGACCAUGCAAGUCUCUACUCACCCGUGCUGGGUGUUGAGUGGAAGGCACAGCCAUCAAGUUGGAGUGAGGCUAAGGCUAAACCAGCUGUGAUGGACCCAUUCCACAUCAACCUUCGACGUUUCUGUAAUUGGAUGGAGGAAUUCAAACAGACGUGAAGAUAGAGGAAUCCAUCAGAUGGUUCGACAGCCUAAGGAAUGUAGCAGGUUCCGUUUCGUCGAAAGUGACACAGAACUGAACAAAAUAGAAGAAACUAAAACCAAAUGUUUGGAGUGUUUUUGUUUUCGAUUCUUGUAUAUUAUAUUAGUAAAUAGUUUAGAAGACUGAUAAAAUGUUAAGUUAUUUUUGAAGAUUUUUAGAAGAUCCAUAGAUAUAAUUCCAUAGAAG